AUGUCGAAGGAAACCAUUUCUGGGAAUGCUCUUAUGGAACCUUAUUCCUACUGUGCUCUCCAAGCAUUCACGCUCAAUCUGUCUACUGGUUACCCUUGGCACAUCAUAAAACAACUUCCACACCACAAUCACUGUGAUUCUGUAUAUAAAGAUGCCUGCGGGAACCAUUACCGUAUCUUCAUCACCCAACAUUCAAAAGAUGUGGGAAGGCCUCAGACCCCAUUAAAAGAGACAAGUCUAGAGUCAUGGACUCAACCACCGUCCCAGCGCCGAGUUACAUUUCACCUCCCCGAUGGGUCCCAAGAAAGCUGCAGUGACAGCGGGCUUGGAGACCACGAGCCCAGCAGUAACACCAGUAUGACCCACCCUUUGCCACUGGGUUUCCCUCAAGAGGAGUACUAUGAGCAGACCUCACCCAACAGUCGGACAGAGGGAGAUGGAAAUUCAGAUCCGGAGUCCAUUACAUUGUUGGGCAGAAUACAAAGGCAGACUUUCCAUUUUGACUGGGCAUUUGAAGAACCUAAAAAUUGCAGCAAAGUUGACAAAGGUAUGAUACCCCACUUGAGUGAUGAUGAUGAUGAUGAUGAUGAUGAUGGCGAUGACUUGAAUGUAGCUAAUGCUUCAAACCUGCAUUUUUAA